AAUAACAAGAUGGCGCAAACCAUGAACGAGAACACGAGAUGUGCCGAGAAAGGCGACUCUGAGACGAAAACGCCCCUCCAAGAUAUCAUAAGUGAGAAGGAUAAGACGAGUGCAGAAGAGCUGAAGAAUAAAGCAAAUGAUUUCUUUAAAGCACAAGACUUCCAGAAUGCUAUUAUCUACUACUCACAAGCAAUUGAGGCUAAUCCGUUAAUGGCAGCUUACUAUGGCAACCGUAGCUUUGCGUACCUCAAGACGGAAUGCUUCGGUUUGGCGUUGGAAGAUGCAAGUGAAGCGUUAGCUAUUGAUCGAUCCUACAUCAAGGGUUACUACAGACGAGCUACAGCUAACAUGGCACUUGGCAAAUUCAAGAAGGCAGUCAAGGAUUAUGAAACAGUUGUAAAGUACAGGCCGAACGAUAAAGACGCCAAAUUAAAAUUUACAGAGUGCAGCAAGAUUGUGAAGAGGCAAGCCUUUGAGCGUGCAAUACGGACGGACGAUGCUAAGACGUCCGUCGUGGACAGCCUGGAUAUUGAGAAUAUGAUCAUAGAAGAGGAUUACACGGGGCCGACGUUUGAAACAACCAUAACCAAGGAAUUCAUGGUGGAGCUUCUAGAACAUCUGAAAAAACAGGAGAAAUUACACAGAAAAUAUGCAUACACGAUAUUGGUACAAAUCAACGAAUUGUUUAGGAAGCUACCGUCGUUAUGUGACAUCACCAUUCCACAGGGAGGUAAGUUCACAGUAUGCGGGGACGUCCACGGGCAAUUCUACGAUCUCUUAAACAUCUUCGAGCUUAAUGGACUUCCUUCAGAAGACAAUCCAUAUUUAUUUAACGGUGACUUUGUAGACAGGGGAUCCUUUUCAGUUGAAGUCAUCCUCACAUUGUUUGGUUUCAAGCUACUCUAUCCAGAUCACUUCCAUUUAUCAAGGGGCAAUCAUGAGAGUGAAACGAUGAACCAGAUGUACGGUUUUUACGGAGAGGUGAAAUCCAAGUACACCGCCAACAUGGCAGACCUCUUCACAGAGGUGUAUAACUGGCUUCCACUAGCUCAGGUCAUCAACAACAAGAUCAUGGUCAUGCAUGGUGGUUUGUUCAGCGACGAUAACGUGACGUUAGACGACAUCAGGAAAGUAGAAAGGAACAGGCAGCCUCCAGACUCGGGCAUAAUGUGCGACCUUUUAUGGUCUGACCCUCAGCCGCAGCAAGGGCGGGCACCGAGUAAACGAGGAGUCGGGAUCCAAUUCGGACCCGACAUCACGAAAAAGUUUCUUGAAGCAAAUGACCUAGACCUUAUCAUCCGAAGUCACGAGGUCAAAUCGGAUGGCUACGAAGUCGCUCAUGACGGCAAAUGUAUAACAGUGUUCUCUGCUCCUAAUUACUGUGACACAAUGGGAAACAAAGGUGCUUUCAUCACAAUGGGAACGGAUCUAAAACCAAAGUUUACCACCUACAAAGCUGUUACGCAUCCUGACGUUCGGCCGAUGGCAUACGCCAACUCAAUGUUUGGAUUCAUGUAGUACUGAACUGUCUAAAAUGUGGAAAUGUUAAAGGUCAAGGAGUGACCCCUGACCCCUCAAUGGGGGGGGGGGGGUCAUUUAGUAACCUCUCACAGAACAACCAGUUGACUUCACAGAGAAUGGCUAGCAGCUACCCGUAGAGUAAGUUCGGGUUUGCACCAUGGUUAAUUAAAGGUUGACCAUUUUGACUCAAACCCAGGCUGGUCGACCAUUUUGUUGUCUACUAUGGUCGAUCAAUUGGAACCAGUCUCAUGACCAUGCUUUCUUCACUGGUCCAAAUAGCAUGUUCCAUGCUAACAUGUAUAAAGCGCAGAGGGGAGCCAUUAACUAUACCUAGGCAACGGUGGUUGACUAGGCUUUCAAACGAGUGAGACCAUCACUGCGCAUGUACGCUACUGGUCAGUAGUCACGUUAAUUUGCUCCCUUGAACUUGCUCAUUGUGGUGGUCACACACAGGUCAAAGGUUAGAGGUCAGCCAGUGAGAACUUGGAUCCUUCCUGGUCAGUAUAAGAUCCUUUGAAAGUAAGAAUGUGUCGAAAGACAAGUUGAGCAUUCUCCCUCACCAGGUUGGCAGUUAUUCCCUUCUAGAGCGUCUCUUCACUGGCAGCCAUUUUACAAAAUAUUACCACCCCUGUAUUUUUAUUAUGUUCAGUGGUUUCACACAGUGCUCAGAUUGAUCUGUAAUCACUUCACGUGAAGGUCGCUCUGUAUGUGCGAGUGCAGCGCUACUUGUUCGUAACAGCUGGUUACUUUGGCUUAAUGGCUUUGGACUUAAUUGGAUAAAGUCCCAGCGAUUUAUUGAUCCUGAAAAGCCCUCAUGUGAGCGAUGACAAAAUCUUUUGCUCAUGAUGGCAAGUGAACAUGCAUCUAACACAACAGUCAAGUGGCUGUAACAAACGGCACAGUUCAGUUAAAAAUGUAUGGAUAGUUGAUGUAAUUCUUGUGCAAGGCUGAAUUAUAGCUGCAUUUAUACAAACCUUAUUUCAACUGGUCUUCGUCUUGAACGUGAUGAUGCACAGCAAUUUUUCCCCCGUUUUAAAAGAUGCUUCUAUGAGGAAAAUUGAAAGUUCUAGUGGAGUUUUACAAAAGGGCACUCUCACUGUUGGAACUACAUAAAUAUAUACACAAAUUUGAAGUUCUGUCUUGGUUCUCAUGAAAAGUAUGGAUGCACUAAAGUGUGUUGUAUACAUAGUGAGUUGGAGAAGACAUGGAGAGAAUUUAUGUGACUGGAGUUGUCUUGAAUGUACUCUCUUGGUUUGAAACUGAAGAUGCAACUAGGCUACUAUAAAUUUUGGUUUUAUCUUUAAUACACCAAUGUGUGUUAGCAGUGUAUACUUGGUACUUUCCUGAGUUCUGUGAAAACAAAUCACAGGCCUACGACUCGAGUUGGAUUCGGACCCAUGAGCUUUGCAGUUCUAGAGCAGUGUCUUACCAACUAGACCAAACAAGAUUGCAAGGAGAAAGUUUGAGCAAGGGACUAUAGUUGGCAAUUGUUGACCUUUGGGCGAUUUUGCCUCGCACCCAGGAUGUAUUGCAUGCAUAGGUAACCAUGGAAUAUUGACUAGUGGUUGACAAAUGGUCGCUGCCCGAACUUGCCCCAUGUAGCUAGAGGCAGUUCGAAUCCUAUGUUUUAGCAGGGGGGUACUGCAACGAUUUAAUUUGUAUGGGGGUUAGAGAAUAUUUAUUUUGGUUUUAUCCUUCCUGUGUUAGCCUGUGGUUUUAUCACAGAACUCGGGGGAAAGUACCGAGUAUACAGUGCUACCACAGGGUAAAACCAAAAUUUAUUUUCUUUAUCGGUGGUCUAGUUGGUAAUCAUGCAAAGUUUCACAUCCAGCCAAUGAUGCAGCUUGCUUCCUUUUCACAGAAUAUUUUUAAUAUAAAUCCCCAAAAUGUUUAUUAUAAUAUUUUGUACCGUGUAACAUGACAUUGUAAUAUCAGCUGAUGCAACUACAGGUAAACCUUUUUUUUAAAGUGAAAUAUUGCUCUGUGUAUGUAUUUAACAAAAAAAGUUGUUUUAUUUUUUCAUCAAUAAUUGCAAUUUCAAAAUUUGACCCACGGAAUUGUUGUUAAUGAUAACAUUGUAAACUAUGUAUUAUUUUCUAUUAAAAAAAAAGUGAAAAAAAAUGAGGGAGCUCGUCAUAACAAAGAAAAUGUUCAAUGUUUGUAAUUUGUAAACUUACCGACUCAAAAACACUAGACACUUUAAUGUUUGGCGGCGACUGAUCAAAUGUGAUGACAAUAUUAUACUACUACUUAUUCAAUAAAUUAAGUUAUGUAAAAAGUGAA